CCGGGCACAGCCGCCCCCGGCGGGCCCGCCGGUGCCGUGGGUUGUUCCCGGAACCCCCUCCUCACGCCCCCGCAGCCCCUCUGUGCCCGCACCCUCCCCAGGGCCCCGCUGAAGCUCCCUCCCCUGCCCGCCCUGCGGAGCGCCAGGUGCCCCUUGCCUGCCCUCUGCUAUCCCCGCUACGCAGGAAUGGUGUUCUACAGCUGGAAUAGACCGUCCCGUACUUAUCUGAAAUGUGGGACUUGUUGGGGUUUCUUUAGCGUGUGUGAGGCAGUUAAUUUUAUUGCCUGUUGCAUUUGUGGUACUCUUCUCAUACUCAUUUUUAUGAUGUUUUUUUACGCUGUAAGUUAAUAAGUAACUGGUGAUGUCACCUGCUCUUAUUUCUGCUUAGUUGAAACCUGGUAACCUUUAUUCACAGGGCAGGCUUUAAUAGACUUGAAACUUUUGCUUGCAUGUGGCAGAGGUAGGACAUGUGCAUCAAACAGAGGGCUACUUUAGGUGUAAGAUUGUAGAUUAGAUUUAUUUCUCCUAGUAAAAUAUGAAAAUAUUUUGCAUGUGUGCAACAUAGUAAUAGUAGGGAGAAUGAUAGUAGGGCUUCAGCCCAUCUCUUUUCUCUGUCUGAUGAGGGAGAAGGGAGACAAUGGGGCUAUGAUAAAGAAAAUGUGUCUAGAUCCCACUUUGUAGCUUUAUCCUUGCUGUCUCAGUCUCUGACUAGUAAAUAAUUUAUAUACUUUACUGCUGUGAGAAUUGAUACUUUUUCUCGCAAGUCUUCAAGCUGUUGUAAGAGCAGCCAUAUUCUCUAGUACUUUUUAUUUUUAUCUUGGGAUCUUGGGUUGAUUGCCUAAACUGACUUUUAUUACUAAUUUUCUAGUGCUGAUGGAUAAUGAUAGACAACACUGGUUUCUAUGCCUGAUUUACACUUGGAUAUUUUUCUUUCUGUAUAUAAACACUAUAAGACUUUAUUUUUUUUAACAAAAGUAAAUUUUGCAAGACCCUCCUGUUUGCCUAUUUUGUACUCAUCAGUGGCCCAACGAAUUGCUGAUGUACUCUGAUGUGGUCUGAAGGUAAAAAGGAGUGCUGAGACAGAUGUUUGCUGUUUUUCAAAAAUAAACGAAAGAUUCAGAAAACAGUGCUGAGGAGACUGUGUUUGAAAGCGAGUUAAAAAAACAGAACUUGGCAGAUGGGAGGAAACCAGACACAUCCAAAGCAGAGCUAGACUUGAAGAAGAUGCCUCACCCUGGAAGAGAUGAUCAGUAUGGAGUUCCUCGUGGCAAACACCCCUCAUGAAACCUGAAUGCUGCAGCUGUGUUUUAGACCAGUGCUACCCCCAGGUCAGAAAGAGCAAAGAGUGCAGCCUGGAAGGCUCACAGUGCAGUGCUAGGAGGAGUCAGGAUUGGAAGUCCUGGGACAAACAGAGUUCUUUCAUAUGGAAUGAAAACAACUAAAGGAAUAGUACAAUUUCUCCUGAAAGAAAGACCAAGUGCUCUUUUUUUCUUUUUCUUUUUCAUUUUUUUCUUUUUUUUUUUCUUUUUUCCCAUUAGUGAGUAAAGCUUUUCUACCAAAAACUUAACACAUUUUGGAAUGAACCAGAAAAAUAAAUCCUGCAUGAGUAGCACAAUGUAGAGAUAAUUUUUUAGUCUCUUGCUUUUUGCUGGUAUUAAUAGCACUGCAGUUUUAUUCUGCAGUAAUAGUUCCCUAUAGUUUCCUAUGGUUUCUACAUAAACUGAAUUAGUGGUCAGAACUGGUGAUCACUCUUCUGUGGAUGUAAAAGCUGAUAGGUGAUGUCAAUUAAGCACACUUAAACAGUUAAUGGUGGGGUAGAGACAGCUUAAAAUAACUGUUAGAUAUGUUCUGUUUUCUAAAGUAAAACUUUAGGCUGCAUUUUGAUCAUUAUUUAAUUUCCUGUAUUUUAUGCAUUUGAAGUGUCAGUCACAGUGUUUAUGAAGGCAAGAACUGUAUUUAUGAGGGUUACACAUUUAAACAUCUUUUCUGGAAAGAAGAAAACUGUAGGAUGACAAAAUAGAAAGAAAGUGAUGUCAUCUUACUGAAUUUGUUUACGUAUUAGCAAAUAAACACCCAUUUAAUUUAAUUAUGCUGUCUUUUGAAUAAAUGAGACAAUUGUCUGAGAUGAGAAAUCACUUAGUAUUCAAAUUUACUGAGAAUUUUUGAGUGGCUUCCAUAUAUAAAGAUUCUGUGUGGCAGCAAAAUUGACAAACAUUUAAGUUUUAAAAUAACUGAAGUUAUAUACCUGAAUGAACACAUUUCUCCAUUCUGUGGCUUUUGAGAACAUAGCUAAGAAAAAGGCAAUUUGAAAGAAAGUGGAACUUGGCUGAAAUUCCCAGCUUGUAGCACUGUCCACUGAAACAAGGAUAACCUGACUUGGAAAGAGUUCCUGAGUUCUUGGAAAUGAUGAAACUCAUGUGGAUCUGGUACAGUAUUUCAAGUCAAUGUCUUGAUUUACCAGGACUAGGAGGAAAAUGUACUGUCGGGGUCAGGCAUUGGCAGAAAAAUUAUGAUUGCUGACUUUUUUUUUCUCACUAGACUUGUCACACCAGUUCUACUUGUUGCUAUCUCAGUUUUCAGUAUCAAAAGGCUUAAAUCUUUCUGAUUUAGGAAAUCUGUUGCAAAAAAACCUGCCAACUCCCCCCAGGAAAAUAAAAUCAACAUUCAGAGAGAUGCAUGCCUUUGCCAUGGUGAGCCUGCACAAGAAUUUUCAGGAUCAGCCAACUCAUGAAACCCAGAAUCUACAGCCAAAGUAGACACAUUAUCCCCUUGGACCUCUUCUGAGUUCUUAAAUUUAGAGUUUGCUUUGGCACAGUGCUUGAAUGCCAUCACAAAAAUGUGCACAGUGGAUAUUGCAGUAUCUUUUUUUAACUAGAACCUAGAUAUCAAUGCAAGCGGAAAUGUUCAUAUCCUCUUUCAGCCUAAAGCAUUUUCCAGAUUAGAAUUAAUUUAUAAUGAAAACUAUUAUAGUCUUAAUUUUUAGAAGAUAAAUGAUUGCUAAUUAGUUAUAAUAAUUUGAAAUUUUAUCGCUCUUUUCUCUGUGGAUAUCAAAACACUUCACUAAGAUGGGUAAGUAUUAUUAUCUAAUUUUUCACAGGAGAUAACUGAGACAGCCAGAGGUGAAAUGGCUGAUACAAAUUGAACACGUCAUUACUGGGUUUGGAAUUAGAAUUCAGUCUCUGAGCACUCCACUAUCUAUUUAUGCAAAUAGUCUAUAACUAUUUCUUCAACUUCAGUGACACCAGUUGUGUUACCCCAGUAAAAACUCAUGAAUUUCAUUUAAAUAUAUUGAGAUACAUUGCUUCCAUGUUUUGUUUUAUUUUCAUUGGUUUUUUAAAUGUAAAACUUUCUGCUUGUCUAUUUUCAAGUUUUUCUCAGCACUCCUAAGGCAUAAAAGUUCAUUUGUAAUUCUUAUGUGAAAUUAUGCAGGAAAGUCAGAUUCUGGCAGAUCUCAGGACUUUCGGAUGAAGAUUGGCUAAGAAUGACAUAUCUGAAAUAUUUCUUUGUCCUCUUUGUUCUUCUUGUGGGUGGCAUUUUGUUAGAACACUUUGCCUUUCCUGAAAUAUCAAAAAAGCUUGCAAUUCCUCAAAAUUUUUUUUCCAAAUGGAUUCUGACCCAGAGCUGGAAACAGGAAAUGAAAUAUUAGGGACUUCUUAAUGGUAUCAAAGUAAUGAUUACAAAUUAAGAAGGAUUUGCAUGCAUCCUGUCCAUAUUAUUCUGAGUAUUCAGUUUCUUUAUAUGCAACUUCUGAAUUCUCUGAUUUUGGAUAGUGUUUUCGUGCUGUAAUAUUGAUGCAAAGUUGCUCCAAUGUGCAUUUUAAGGUGUUUCAUUUGGAAAUGGAGAACACUUAUGAAAUCAAAAGGCAGAAAAAAGUUAGAGCAUGCUUUUUUGCUUCUUUUUGAGGCUUUUGUAGAAAUGGUCAGUGUGUUUGGUUUUUAUAUGACAAAUUUGGACCUCUUCCACUUCAGAGGAAAAUAGUAACAAGUAAAAAUUGUAGCACCCUGAAAAAGAUGAUCUAAAAGAUGAAAAUCAUAUGGGGGAGUGGUGUUAUUAAGCUGUUUAAUUUUAAAAAAAUUGUGUUAAGUUUUAAAAUUUGUUUUCCAUCAUCAUAAAAUGUUUUGAAGAAAGCCCUUUUUUUCUUAAAGAUUCAUCUCUCUUGCUUUUCUAUUUAAGACAUAGGUGAUCUUAGAAUGUCUAUCUCCAGUUAUUUUUGUGAAGUCCACCACAAAGGUGAAGGAAUAGCCUUGUUAUCUCAAAAGCAGAUCUCAUCCCAGUACAUUAAAGAGAAGCUCAAAACAUUUAAAUCAUGUCAGUUCCCACCAUUACACAGUAUUUAGAUCAAAGUCUUGCUGUAGCAAUUUAUUCAGAGCCUGGAGUCCUAAAACCUGAACCAAUUAAUUCACUCUGCAAAGUAGGACAUAUCUUUGGGUUUUCCAUAUUUGUGUACAGGCAGAAGACAAAUACCAUCUUUGGGAAUCUCAAAGCAUUUGAGAGGAAAUGAGAAUGGUCUAAAUGGCAAAUAAAAUACUAAAGGUUUGUCUUUACCACCGCCAGGGAGAGAGGACAUCCAGCUUUUGCAAUGGAAGGGGAACCAGUAGAAGAUGCAGUGGAAGAUCUCAGUAGUGGGGAAGAAAAUUUGGAUGAUGAAGAUAAUAGUCAAGUAUCCUCAGAACCACAAAAAAGGCCUGAGGAGGUAAAAAAGAAAAUAGCUGAAACCUUCUUCUACACGUAUGAAGAUGUAUAUUCAGGACCAUAUGCCACUGACGACACUGAGAUACCCACUGACCUUCUAAUUUUUAAACAUUCUUUUGGAUAUGACUGUACCAGACCUGUAAACCUGAUGAUAAUGGAUAGAGAUACUGUGGGGUAUAUAGCAGGCAACCAGGUGAUCCUCCAGAACCUGAGAACCAAGUAUCAGAAACACGUCCGGAGCAGCCAUGGCGGUGGCAUUGGGUUUAUCACAGCACACCCUAAUAAGGACUACUUUGCAGUAGGAGAAAAAGGAAAGAAGCCAAACAUUGUCAUCUACACAUAUCCUUCGGUGAGACCCUACAGAAUACUGAAAGGUGGAACAGAGGUAGCCUAUGUUUUUGGUGAUUUCAACCGUACUGGCACUUUGCUGGCCAGUGUUGGGAGCAGCCCUGACUACAUGUUGACUAUCUGGGACUGGAAACAAGAGGAGACUCUGCUGAGGUCAAAAGCUUUUGCACAGGAUGUUUACAAGGUCAUGUUUUCUGCUGAGAAUGAAGAGCAUCUAACUACAGGUGGAUCAGGACACAUCAGGUUCUGGAAGAUGGCUCUCACAUUAACUGGUCUCAAGUUACAAGGAGCUUUGGGCAGGUUUGGAAAAACAGCAGUGUCUGACAUUAUAGGUUUUGUGGAGCUGCCUGAUGGGAAAGUUGUCUCAGGAACUGAGUGGGGCAAUGUGCUGCUUUGGGAAGGUGGCCUCAUUAAAGUAGAGCUCUGUCAAGUUGGACAUAAGCCCUGUCAUGAGGGCCCUGUCAGCCAGUUAGUUUUUGAUGAAGGAGACCUUUACUCUGUUGGAAAAGAUGGUGUCAUCCGGAUGUGGAACUUUGAGGUAGUAGAUACUGCUGAUCCUGUGGAUGACACAGGGUUAGUGGAGAUGGAGCCUAUGAAUGAACUUUGGCUUGGCAAGAAUGUCAGCCUGAAUUUCAUUACAAAAAUUCAUGAUCAUGAACAGCCCUUCUGGUUUGCUCAGGAUACAAGUGGAGCAAUAUGGAAGCUGGAUUUGACUUUUUCAAAUAUGACCCACGACCCAGAGCGUGUGUGUACCUUCCACUCUGGGGCGAUUGAGGCCGUCAGUGUCUCUCCUUUUACAUACCUGAUGGCCACCACAGCUCUUGACCGGUCAGUGCGUAUCUACGAUUUUGGCAGCAACAGCCAAGUGGGUGUAAUGAAGUUUAAACAGGGAGGAACAGCGCUGACAUGGGCACCAGCUGUUGUAAACCCUGAGGGAGGUCUAAUUGCCGUGGGGUUUGAAGAUGGUGUUGUCCGCAUAAUUGAGGUUUAUGAUCCCAAACGGCUGCCUGGUCAUGCAGGACGGGCCAAUGAGAUUGCAGAGAUAAAUCUGAAACAAGUUUUCAAACCUCAUGCUGCUGCAGUCACAGCCCUGGCAUAUAAACCAAAAGGAGAUGUGUUUGCCACAGGGAGUAAAGACAAAACUGUUUUCUUUUUUGCUAUUGAGGAUGAAUACAAGCCUAUUGGAUUCAUCUGUGUCCCUGGACCUGUACAGGCAUUACAGUGGUCUCCACCUUCUCAUGACAAGAGCACGCUGCUCAUCCUUUGUGAGAAUGGCUUUGCUGUCCAGGUUCCUGCCCCUCUGCGUGGGAAGCAUGAUGCAGCAACCACCUAUCACAUAAAAAACCUGCCAACACAGUACUUCCAUUUUUAUAGUAUUAAAUCCAAACUCAAGCUGGGAGAGGAGAUUGCACGGAGAGAGAAAGAAAAGCAAGAGAAGGAGAAGGCAAGGCUUGAAUGGAUAAAGCAGCAAAAGGAGCUGGGACUUGAGGUACAAGAAACGAAUGAGGAAGAACCUGAAGAAGAGCCAUUGCCACCUAUCUACAUACCAGAGGAGCCCAGUCCCAUCCUCUGUGGCUUUUAUGCAGCACCAGAAAAAUUUUGGCUUUCCUUGGGUGGGUAUGACUCAGGAUUUCUCUAUCAUUGCGAAUUCUCACAUGAUAAUAAAGAAGACCCUGAAAAGAGGAAAGAUGAACCCUUUGAAGUGAUUCCUAUGGAGAACACUGACAACAAUCCCAUUCACCAAAUCUCCUUCUGUAGCCACAGCCCCCUGAUGUUCUGUGGGAUGCAGGAUGGCUCGCUGCGUGCUUAUCCUCUCGCUUAUCCUCUCGGUGAGAAAGGCCUCUCAGUGGGUGCCCUGAAGGACUAUUGGUACCUGAAUGUACAUGACAAUGACAAUGGGCAGAUCCGGGGGAUCUGUUGUAGUCAUGAUGACAGGUGUCUGAUUACCUGUGGUGGAGAUGGAAACAUUUUUACAUUUGACCUCUGGUCAGAGGAGGAGCUUCCCAAAGAGCCAAAAGUCACAAUCCCCCCUCCUAGGAGAGGUCUUGAGAAGGAGAAGGCUACUGAAGACAUUAAGGAUCCUGAUGCCUACACUAUUGAGGAAUACAAGCAGAAAAAGGAGCAUGAACGGAAAAUGAAGGAAGCUGAAGAAAAGAAAAAUAAGAAAAGAGAGGAGUUAAGUGCACUGAGACAAGACUUUGUUUAUCUCCUUCAAAAGAAUCAGGAGUUGCCCAUGCACAUGCAGUUGCACAGAGAGGAGUUUGAGAUGGACCGUAGGAUCUUUGAAGAGCUGGAUAGGCAGACACUACAGAGAAUCCAGUUAGUGCAAAAGCAGCUGGCUUGGGAGCAUGAGAAACAAUUCAUUGGACUGCAGAAACUACAAACACAGUUUUGGGACUCUCUGGAAUUUACUCUCACUGUUCAUGCUAUUCAAACCAAUCAUCAGAUUUCGACCUACAGCCUUCUAACAGUGUCUGAGAAAUAUGGCCAAGAUAAGAAACAUGAGGACAGCAAGUGGGCAGUACAUAAAGAGAAGUGGACAGCACUUAAAGAGGCAGAACAAGCAGAAGAGGAGAUCCACAGAGAGACAAGCCCUGUGCAUAGAGGAAGUGUAGUUUUUGAGAAUGAGGCUGAAAGGCUGAAGACACCAGAGGUCCGAAAGCCAACCACGCGUUAUAUAGAAAGCAGACGUCAGAAAAUCAGAAGCCUUGUUGAGAAAUACGAUGCACUGAAAGCCAAGAUCAUGAAGAGGAGGGCAGAGUGGCAUGAAUUAUACAAGAGCAAACCUAGAGAUAACUAUGAGAAUUCCAAAGAUGCUGAGGAGAUCAAAGCAGCACGGGAGAAUAUAGGAUGUUACAGGCUGAAGAGUGCCACUAACUACACACUCACUGAAAAUGAGCGUAUAAGCACUGAAAAGAAGAUGAUGCAGCUUGCAAUCCUGGAAGACUUGAUCAACACACUGGUGAUCAACUUUGAUGCUGAACUUCACCUUUUGCGGCACAAGAAACUGAAGAUGGAUGUGCAGAUGAAAAGUGCUGAUCUGCGCUGCAUCACAUGCUGUGAAGAGCUGCUUGUCCUGAAGAAACUUGAGGUACAUGAGGACCUUCUUGAGGAGCAAAUCUGUACCCUCAUCAAUGAACAGGAGGACACACAUUCAAAAUUGAAGAGCUACCUUGCACAACUAGAGGACAGAAAGUGUGAGAUUGUAAUGCUCGAGGAACGUAAGAAAGCUCUUUAUGCCAGCUUCGAAGCAUCUCUUGGAGAAAACAAUGAAUUUGCUGAUUUUCUGACCGACAUUUUAAAGAAGGAAGUUGAGUACAUGGAAAAAGAAGUAGGAAGAGGAGCAGGUGAAGAAAAUGAGAAUGAAGAGGAGGAUGAUGGAAAGCCUGACUUAAAGACUGAUGAAGAAAAUUGUGGAUCUAAAAGCAUAGUCUUUGAUGACUCUGUUCGCCCAGAAGGCUGCAGUGAGGAUCUCUUCCUGAACACCAUCCAGCUCCGGCAGCAGCGGAUAGGCAUUGAGAAAGCUCUAGAAGAGGAGAAGAAAGUUGCUGGUGACCUCAAAAAGGAAUAUAAUGCCUUGGUCAAAAAGGCAAAAGAAAUAGAAACCAGUCUGGACACAACAAACAGGGAACUGGAGGCCUUUCAGUGGGAAAAGCUGCACAGACUAAAUGAGCUGGAUGUAGUUGUGCCUUUGAGACUCCAUCAGGUGCAGUGCUUGGUUGAUGGGGAGAUGCCCCGUGACUUCUCCCAGACUUUAGUAUUUACCAACCAGUCCUUGCAGUACCUGCAGAAGAGAAUUGUGGACCUACGUAAUGAAAAGAUAAUGCAAAGAGAGAUCCAUAAGAAGGCCAAGGAGCAACAUAAGCAGCUUCUCCAGGAGAAAAAGGAGAUGGAGAUGGAGAUUCAACGACUGGAGGAGAGGUGCAAUAAUCUGAUGAUGGAGAAGUUUGGUCGGCUGGUUGAUUUUGAAGCAGUUCAAGUCCACUCUGUUAAUAUACCCAUGGAGCAGAUGAAAGUGAGAAUAAUGGAGAAGGAGUAUGAGCAUUUCGUGGAGCUCAAAGAAUGGGAGGAAAGAAUUGUAGUCCUGCAGCAUCAGCUAACGAAGCUGACAAGGGAAAACACCAGCAAGCUGCACCAGCUGAACAGAUUUUGCCAUGAAAAGCAUCAGCUUGAAACUGAGCUGGAAUCACUGACAACUGGUCAGGGGGGAGAAUUUGAGGGCACCCUAAGUGCUGACCUCAAAGAGACAGCCAGGCUGGAGUCACGGCUCAUGCACAUGACUUCUGAGGUGGCCCUUCUGAGAGAGGAAAUCAGCCAGGGUGGAGUAGAUGAGAUGUAAAAGAACUCACUUUGCUUAGCAGAAAAGGUGGGUGCCUGUUUCUACAAGCUUUACCACAGGACUCCAACUCCCUGUUCAGAAAUAGUAUCUACCAAUCCAAGUCACCCUUAAAAUUAACUGUGGCAGCAGUAAUGCCUGGAAGUGCAAAAUUGUUUUGGCUAUCCAGGGGUUUAGUUGAAAAGGGUUGUAUUUGGUUUUUCUAGCAAAAUAUGACUGUAACAACAUAUUUGGAAUAAAAAAUAGCAAAUAAAACUAUUAAAUACUGUUA